AUGCCUUCCUGCUCAGGAUGUGAGGUCCUGGAGGUAGGGCCUGCUCAGACUGAGUGCUCUGAGAAGCAAAAGCCAGUUACUUCCAGGAAGUAUGCAAGCAUCAAGGCUCUUCCUAACGCCGAGCCCGCCUGUCUCUUCACCUUGACUACGGUGACUUGCCGGUGCAGAAUGGACACCCAGACGUGUGACGCGAGCCGAGCGGCCUCCGCGCUACGUUAUGGCAUGACGGUCAGCGGCAUGGUGCUUCUGGUAGCUGGGACACUCUGUUUUGCUUGGUGGAGUGAAGGAGAUGCAGGUGCUCAGCCUGGCCAGCCGGCCCCACCCACUGGGCACCCCAUACCUGAGGCCCCCAGUCCCCUGCUCAGGUCAGUCAGCUUCUUCUGCUGUGGCACAGGGGGCCUGCUACUACUCUUCGGCCUGCUGUGGUCCAUCAAGGCCAGCACCCAGGGGCCUCCCCACUGGGACCCGUAUCACCUCUCCAGAGACCUGUACUACCUCACUGUGGAGCCCUUGGAGAAGGAGAGCUACAGGCUCCCAGUGGUGGCUGCCAUCCCCACUUACGAGGAGGCUGUGUGCUGCCCACUUGCCAAGGGGCCCCCGACACCACCCGUGGACCCCAUGCAGGAAAGCCUGAAGGGCUGUGCCUCUGGGGAUGCCUUGCUCGGAACCCAGCGCCCCCUGCAGCCGCCCAACUACGAGAGCAUCACUGGUGCCGUACAUGACAUCUCUGGAGAGACAGCUCCUGGCACGAGGGGCUCCUGCCCAGGCCCGGCUCAGACUUCGGGCGGGAGAGGGUAA